AUAAAGUUUGUGGUAAUCAUUUUAAAUCGUCAAUGUUUUUAAACGAUUUGAAAAACAGACUUCAACCACAUGCAAUCCCCGAACCUAUGAGAAAUGAUAAUGAAUCAAGUGUAAAUGAUGCAACAUUCAAUUUGAAUGAUAAAUCUGAAGAAAAUACAUCAAUAUCAGAUAAUAACAAUCAUUUGAUAAAUAACGUGUAUGAAGAGGACCAUGUCGAAUCAGUGUUGCAUGUACAACAUCAGUACACUCAAACAGAGUCAAAGAUUUCCAAUCAUUCCCCGCGCAAAAAUAUUUUGAGAGGCCGAAUUAUAGCAUUACAUCGAGAAAUUCGAAAAUUAAAACAACAAUUACAACGGCAGACAAAUAAUAUAAAAAUUUGUGCGAGGAAAAUUUCCUUAGAAGAAUAUUGUGAAGCUACAAACGAAUUUUUAUCACCACAAGUUGCAAAUUUUGUGAAAACUCAAUUGAAAUUCAAAUCUAGAGUACAUUCUACUGAAGGACAUCCAUAA